AUAGUCAUUGGUUCCGGAACCACCUAUUCCGGCCCCAGCACCGGUUCCGUACCUGUAAUGUGUCCAGACAUGUGAAGUGAGCGAGAAGGUGAGUAAAAAGAUCUGGGGCUAACUGGCUGGGUGAUUAUUUGGAGCAAGUGGUGGAGCACAACAAAUACCUUUACAAGUAGAAUCGGCUUCUUCUUCUCUUUUAAACUUAGCAUUUUUUCUUAGUUCAUCGCCAUGGCAACGGAGCUUUGUGUCAAGGCAGCUGCUGGCGCUCCUGAUGAUCUCGGAGACUGCCCAUUUUGUCAGCGAGUAGCUCUCACCCUGGAGGAAAAGAAGAUCCCUUACCAGACUCGUCUCAUCAACACUAGCGACAAGCCCCAAUGGUUCUUGGAGGUAAAUCCAGAAGGGAAGGUUCCAUUGAUCAAAUGGGAUGGAAAAUGGAUUGCUGAUUCUGAUGUGAUUGUUGGGAUUAUUGAGGAGAAAUACCCAGAUCCACCUCUCGUAGUCCCCUCGGAAUUUGCCUCCGUUGGCUCUAAGAUAUUCCCUUCUUUUGUUGCUUUUUUGAAAAGCAAGGAUCCAAAUGAUGGUACAGAGCAGGCGUUGGUUGAAGAACUGAAGAAACUUGAUGAACACCUUAGCAUUCAUGGACCUUUCAUCAAUGCAAAGAAUAUCUCUUCUGUUGAUUUGAGUUUGGCACCAAAGCUGUACCACCUUCAGGUUGCUCUUGGGCAUUACAAGAAAUGGAGUGUGCCGGAGGACUUGGGUCAUGUGCAUAAUUACAUGAAGCUGCUCUUUGAGCGGGAGACUUUCAAGAAUACCAAGCCUCCAAAAGACGAGUAUAUCGUUGCCGGGUGGGCUCCAAAGGUUAAUCCAUGAUAACUACUUAUUAGUAUGUGUUGGAUCUAAAAGUUGUUAGAGAUGUCUUGGCUAUAUAAAUAAUGACCAACUUAAUAAUUUGUGUGUGGAAUCUUUUUUUUCAUCAACUUUUGUUGGCUUGGCCAUUGAUGAACUUUUAUUAGUUAAAUAAAGGUGUUAUCAGCUAUAAAUGUAUGGAUUCAGUGUAAUGGGCUUGCAAAUUACAGUAUAUUUAGGGAUGACAUUGGCCCUUAAUGUCAUGUUUU